AUGAGCCUUUGUGUACUGAAUGCAAUAAGUAUGAGCAAUCAUCGGAAUUGCUUAAGGCACUUUGAUUUCUCAUGCCUGAAGGUCACUGUAGCCUACAGGUUCUCUCAUUCAAGGGGUUUAUGUACAAGGAGUAGGAUUUGUCAUGUCACCCGAACACUGUCAUCCUCAACAUCCUGUAUCCUGCGAACAAUAAGAGUAUCCUUGGACAAUAAGGAGUAUUUGCUUGUGUCAUGCUCUCUUUACCUCCCGGAAUGCGAGCCUUUCCCCUCUAGCAGCGAUCUCACGCCACCUUCCCCACAGCGCGGCGAUGGCGGCGACGGCAACGCCAGCGCCCAUGACGACACUUGUCAACGGCAGCUGCCACAAGGCGAGGUGCAUUUGUUCACCAGAUGCGCCUCAAUCACGGAAGUUCUAAUGACACAGCUGAUUAUGCUUUAUAAGAUGCUGCUUCUCGGGAUCUCCAUAUUUUCCUUGACUUGCCGACAUUUCUAUCUACCAGGAUUCCACCAGAUCCACUGGCUCUCCAACAAGAUCCCCGAGUCCUGCGUCCUGAUCAUCUUGGGCGUGUUGCUUGGCGUCGUCGUCUUCUUCACCGUCGAUGAUGGCAACGGAACUUCCUCGUGUAGCUUCAACUUCGAGGUUCCUCACUUCACGUCUGACAAGUUCUUCUUUGUCUUACUCCCUCCCAUCAUCUUAGAGUCAGCGUACUCCCUCCAUGACCGCGCCUUCUUUGACAACUUAGGCACAGUCCUCGUGUUUGCUGUCAUUGGAACGCUGUUCAACAUCUUCACUAUAGGUCCAGCUCUGUAUGGUGUUGCACAAGGAGGUCUAAUGGGCACUAUUGCUAUUGGCUUCACCGAGACCUUAGUCUUCUCUUCGCUCAUCUCGGCCGUGGACCCCGUGGCGGUGCUGGCCAUCUUCCAGGAGCUCGGCGUCAACAAAGAUCUGUAUUUCCUGGUCUUUGGGGAAUCUCUCCUCAAUGACGGCGUCACCAUCGUCGUGUACACCACCUUGACCUCGUUCGUCACCAUGGAGGUCAUCUCGGCAGGUCAAUAUGCCUUAGCCGUCGCCUCGUUCUUCAUCGUCGUGUUUGCGGGCGCGGUCAUCGGCAUUCUGUUCGGCUGCGUGACGGCGCUGAUCACCAAGUACACGGCUGAAGUCAGAGUGGUGGAGCCCCUGGCCCUCCUUGGCCUCGCCUACCUCUGCUACCUGACGGCGGAGCUCUUUCACUUCUCAGGAAUCAUCAGUCUCAUCAUGUGUGGACUAUUCCAGGCCAAUUAUGCCUUUCAGAAUAUAUCACAGAAGUCUUACACGUGUGUCAAGUACUUCACUAAGAUGGCCAGCUGUUCGAGGGUAGCUCUUAUAACCAUAGUCAUGAAUCACUAUCGAAUGAAGAAAAUUGGCCUCCAAGAGCAGUUCAUCACAGCGUACGGAGGUUUAAGAGGAGCCGUGGCCUUCUCUCUGGCCAACAUGUUAGACCAAACAAUUGACCCAAGAAGGAUAUUCAUCACUACAACUCUUAUGGUUAUUUUAUUCACAGGCUUCAUUCAGGGAAUAUCAAUCAAGCCCCUGGUGAACCUCCUCAGAAUACAAAAGAAGCGCUCAGACCAUAAGAAACUAAAUGAAGAAAUCAACGACACCGCCAUGGACCACAUCAUGGCGGGCGUCGAGGAGAUUCUUGGGCAGCACGGAGACUUCUAUCUUCGGGAGCUGAUCAUUCACUACAACGACAAAUAUCUCAAGAAAUGGUUUGUAAAGCCAUGCAGUGAAUCCAAACUCACGAGACUCUUCGAGAAAAUUGCAAUUUCGGAACAUUAUGCUCAUCUUUAUGGUCCAGUGGCCAUGAUUGAAGAUAAAGUGAAGCCGUUAGUGACGAAAUCCUCUGCUUCGAAAAGGGUCCGAACUAUAUCUGUGUCUCCUUCGCACAAUGAUGAGAUUUUGCUUCAACCCAAUUUAACUUUAGAAGAUGACGAAGACGAUGAGUUUGAAGAAGCGGAGACCAAGGUUAUCCAGCCAGCUGAGCCAGUAGAGCUGAGAAGGAAGCCCUCGUACUUACCCAUAAGGAGGAGUCGUGUGGCAUCAGAAUCCAGUGCCACUGAACCGCAGGCACAGCGGUCACAUGAUGCACAAGCACUGCGGAAAGCCUUUAGAAACAACCCAUAUAAUAAGCUCCAUUACAAGUACAACCCAAACCUCGUGGGGGAGGAGGACCAGGAGCUAGCGGAGCACCUGCAUCGCCGACACCUGAACGCCCGCCGCAUGACGCGUCUCGCAUCCUGUUCCCGUCUUCCUGUAUCCAACAUUGCCGAGUCUUUACGACCUAAAACAGAAAUGAUUUUUGGUCACCUUGAAGAUGGUGUCGCAGAGCUGGUGCAACGUCACCGUGAACGUCGGAGCACUAUGUCCUUGCGCCGACGUCCUCCUUCGUUGCAAGCCUGCUUCUCUUCCCCUGAACCUGGACAUCCCAUGGUUCCAUCUAGCAUCCUGAGGGAGCUUCGAGAGGUCUCAGAACCCCGCUCUAGCCUUCCUGACAUCAGAGAUUGUGACUCGCACUCCCGCCUAAGUGCUACAAUCUCUAUGCGGGGAGAGCGGCAGCAGUUUUUCCCAGACAGGUCAGAGGGUGAAAAGACAACAAGCCCUGAAGUGACUUUCCAAAAUGAAAAGUUGGAAGAAUUAGUUCCUAUGGUUGCUACAUCUAACACACAGCCAUCAAGUCCUAAGAAACCUGAUUCAGAAAAUGAGGAUGUGGUUUGAUGAAUCAUAAAAAAUCUAGGAGCACAGAUAAAACACUGAAGAAAUAUAUGGGUAACUUGGUCUACUUUUAUACCAUAAAUAGGUUUUCUGUGGGUUUACACAAUGCAUAUGGUACAAGUGAGAAUUUAGCAAUGUUUAUAUUUGCUAUUUGACAGUGAUACUAACUUUAACUUGUUUUGACUUUCUCUGAAACUGUGGAUGCAAAACUAGUUAUUUUUUUAGCAUUCUCUUGUAAAAUAUUUAUAUCAAUAAUUCAUUCAUGUUAUUAAGAUGCCGCUGAGGCUGGUGCAUUGAGUAGUUUUCUAAAUUAGUCUAAUGGUAAUAUGACAAUUUAUAUUCCUAUUAUUCAAUAUUACACUUUUUUUUAGACAAUACCAAAUAUAAAUGUUGUUUAAUGACAAUAAAAAUAUAUUUUCUCUUGAGAAAUGAAUUAACAAUAACAUAUUAUGAGAAGUCCAUAUAUUUUCAUAUGGAUUUAUAGAUGCAGAGAUUUA